UCAGACCACAUACAUAAAAAUUGGCCCAACCCCAGUCGUUAUCUUUUGAUGUCAACCGACAUCAUUAACAAAAAAAGAAAACAAUCUUCUUUCAGACAUCAGUUUGCAAACUCAAAAAAAAAAAAUUCUCUUUAAUGGCGAUUGUAGAGAGUUAUCGAGUCAUGGACGAUCUGAUUCAGCUUCAUCUCCAGGAUCUGAGGCAGUCAAAGAAAGAUUAAUCUGAAAUCGUUCGUUUUGGUAUUCAUCUGACAAAACUCCAAAGGUUUGUCACUUGAUAUGCCAUGCUCCAACCGGAAGAAGGCUUCCUUUACUCUCAAUUUUUUGCAGGGACUAAGCAAGAGGGAGGAUCAAGGAAGAUGAUAGAUCUGCACCUCUAAGAAAGGGUCCUUACUACUACUACACGAAGAACCUUCAAGGAAUGGAAUAUGCUCAGCACUGUAUGCGUUUGAUCGCUGACAACAAAGCUGAGCCUUCUGUGUAUGAUACUAUGCCAACUGGUCCAGAUGCUCCUCCUGAGCAUAUCAUAUUGGAUGAGAAUAUCAAGGCCCAGGAGUACGACUACUACAGUAUUGGUGCCUUCAAGGCUAGUCCAGAUCAUAAAUUGGUGGCCUAUGCAGAGGACACGAAAGGUGUUGAGAUAUAUACCGUCAAUGUCAUCGACUCUGAGGCUCUGAAAUCAUUAGGAGAACCACUAAAAGGACGGACUUGUUAUCUUCAAUGGGCUGGUAAGGUUUGGCAUGAUACCGAGGACCUAUCUUCCUUGUUUCAAGCACCAGCACGCAUGGAAGUUCUUUGUUUGUGGAUAGCUGACUCGUCUUUGUGAUUUGGGCAUUUUGGAGGACAGAUUCUUCCCUUUCCCUUAGAUCUAAAGGGCUAAGCUCUUGCCUAUCAUGGUACUCGCCUGUUUUUGAGGAAUCGUUUUAGCUCUUCCAGUAUCUCACCUCAUAUUUGAAGUUUCAGGGUAUUUCUUCGGACCUCUGUUAAAGCAAGCGCUUAUCCGUUUGAGCUUCUCUUAUAGCGCGUGGCCGGAUUGGGGAGAUGUUUGACCGCCUGCGCUUGAUAAGGGUUUCUCCCGUGCCUCAUGAAAGUGUUUGUUCUUUGUUAGUCUCCGAGUGGUCGUCAGGCUAGAGCUUUCAACGCAAUCCUCCUCAAUUAGCAUGGAGCGUGUCUUCCCAGCCUUUUGGUCUUCUUUCGGAUUCUAGGAAGCGCUUAGAUUAGGACAUAUUUGAAAUUGUUUGUUGCGCCAUUUUAGUUUUUAAUUAUAGCAUUGAUUAGUAUUUAUAUAAAUUAUUAAA